CAUCACCUCUGAUCGAACUUCGCGAACAACCCAGCAUUUUUGAUCCCCACUGGCACCCGUACCUCUAGAAAGGUAGCAAGAUGGCUGCGGAGCCGAGCAAGACAGAAAUUCUGACCAUUUUUAAAAGACUACGGUCUAUUCCAACUAACAAGGCGUGCUUUGACUGUGCUGCCAAGAACCCCAGCUGGGCCAGUAUACCAUAUGGAGUGUUUCUGUGCAUCGACUGCUCUGGCAUCCAUCGCUCUCUAGGAGUGCACCUCAGCUUUAUCAGAUCCACUGAGCUCGACUCCAACUGGAACUGGUUUCAGCUGAGAUGUAUGCAGGUCGGAGGCAACGCCAACGCGACGGCCUUCUUCCGCCAGCAUGGCUGCUCCACCAACGACACUACCGCCAAGUACAACAGCCGCGCGGCACAGAUGUACCGAGAGAAGAUCCGACAGCAAGCCAACACGGCGCUGUCCAAAUAUGGGUCUGACCUGUGGAUUGACCAAUCCAGUGUGAGCAGCCAGCCUGCCGCCCCAGAGAAGAGACAGACAGACUUCUUUACUGAGCAUACUCAGCCUUCAAACAGCUGGGACAUGACGGCUCCUUCCCUGACAGAACACAAUGGAACCCUCACUCCUCAACUAUUGGAGGACACACCCAAAGCCCCCCACACCGCCAGCACUCAGCUGGAGGAAGGACCAAGCAUUGAGGGACUGAGCACUGAGCAAUCUCCCAAAGUCACUAUGGAGGACUCCAUGCGUUUGUCGUCAGAUCAACCACAGCUACCCAAAGAUGUGAAGCAAUCCAUCAUUGGGAAAAAGAAGCCCAGCACUACUAAGAAAGGGCUGGGUGCUAAGAAGGGCCUGGGGGCCCAGAAGGUGAGCAGUAAGAGCUUCUCGGAGGUGGAGAAACAGGCCCAGGUAGCCGAGAAGCAGAGAGAGGAGCAAGCAGCUGAUGCUAAGAAACAGGCAGAGGAGUCCAUUGUGGCCUCCAUGCGCCUGGCCUACAAGGAGCUGGAGAUUGACAGGAAGAUGGACAACAAGAAGAUGCAGAACAUGGAGGGUAAGAAGAGAGAGCAGGCUGAGAGACUGGGCAUGGGCUUCGGCAACCGCAGCACCAUAUCUCACUCAGUGAUGUCAGAGAUGCAGGUGAUUGAGCAGGAGACGCCCUUGGGGGCCAAGUCCUCGCCUCGCUCCAAACUGGACAUGUUGGAUGAACCGGGCUUCUCCUCCGGACCCCCUAAGUACAAGGACAACCCGUUUACGGUGGGCGAUGGCUUCGGCUCGCGGUGGGACUCUGAUGGGGGAGUGGCCUCCUUCACCUCCUCCUGGGCCCUGGAGAAUGAGGAGCCUAAAGAGGAGGUGACAAUCUCCAGCAUCCAGCCUAUCGGAGAACGGCCCAGUCGGCGGAAGGCGGAGACGGCGGCGCCCGUGUCCGAGUCGAGCGAGGCCCGGCAGAAGUUUUCCAACGCCAAGGCCAUCUCUUCCGACAUGUUCUUUGGCCGUGAGAGCUAUGCCGAGUAUGAGGCCAAGACACGUCUGGAGGGCCUGUCUGGCAACACGUCCAUCAGCUCUGCUGACCUGUUUGGUGACGGGAGUGACCGUGACACAGGAGCAGCAGGUUAUGAGAGUGUGCUGCCGACGGGGCCAGACAUUGCUCAGUUCAAACAGGGGGUGAAGACUGUGGCGGGCAAGAUGGCCGUGCUGGCCAACGGGGUCAUGAACACCAUACAGGAUCGCUAUGGCGCCUACUGAAGAGACCAGGACGACCAACACCCAGCUACAGGGGGAGAGGGAACCAUGACGUCAUACUGACAGAGAGUGGAGGGGAGGAGGGGGGGGGGGCAGAGCACAUCACUACUGACUGGUAUCUGUAGUGAGAGAAGGGAAGAGAGAUUGCAUGAAUGGAGAGAGACCCUACACCCUGUCUGUCCAUCCACCUUUUAGAGUGAGACAAAGUUUUAUUUUCAGUGAAGAAAGCUCUGGAAGGUGUAAAGUAUUUUUUUUUUCUGUUCUAACUAGUCUUGUUUUCUAUACUGUUUUGGUCUCUGAUUUCAAACAAAUAUGAAUGAUAUAAAGUAUUCUCUAAGAAUGAUAUGAUAACCAA